CAUAUUCUGCUAGCUCCAGUGAUCCACAUCUAUCUAAAAUGUCUGUGUCAUACUCUUCCAGGAGGUCUGGUGCCUCAACAAUUGGAGGUGGUGGAGCCAGAUUAGGGCUUGGUGGAGCUGGAGCAGGCAUGAGGCUUAGUAUGGGUAUGGGAUCUGGGGCUGGGGCUGGGGCUGGGGCUGGAUCUGGAGCAGGUCUUGGUCUAGGUCUGGGCUCUGGACUUGGACUGGGUUCCGGACUUGGACUGGGCUAUGGACUUGGACUGGGCUCUGGUCUUGGUCUGGGCUCUGGUCUUUAUCUGGGCUCUGGUCUUGGUCUGGGCUCUGGUCUUGGUCUGGGCUCUGGUCUUGGUCUGGGCUUGGGUGCAGGUGGUGCAGGGUUCGCAAUGGGUGGUGGUGGAGGUGCAGGAGCACUAGUUGCAAGCCCAGCAUUUACCAUGGGUCGCACCAUGGCAGCUGGUGGGCUGACUGCAGGUGCUGCUAUGGCUGGUGGUUCUGCAAUGAUCCCAACCAUGGCUCCUGUUCUAUCUCGUGCGGCUGAGAAAACCAUGCUGUCUGGCCUGAAUGACCGAUUCUCUACCUACAUGGCCAAAGUCCGUGCACUGCAGCAGGAGAACGCUGCACUGGAGGCUAAGCUAUCCCAACUGACAGGUGGAACCGAUAUGUCCCCAGAAUCAUCAAGCACUACUACGGUGGAAUACGAGAACCAGCUGAACGAGUAUCGUGCCACUCUGCAAAACCUUACACUCGACACCAUCAAACUGGAGAUAGAGCUCGACAAUGUGCGUGGCACUGCCCAUGAGAUUAAAGCCAAGCUUGACUUUGAACAAGGGGUCCGAUUUCAGCUUGAGUCUGACAUUGGUAGCAUGAAAAAGGAUAUUGAUGCAGCAUCUGAUCUAAGAAUUGAUUUGGAUGCCAAGAAUUCCAGCCUUAAGAAUGAACUGGACUUUGUCACCAAAACACAGGAAGAGGAGCUCUUUUCACUGCAGUCCAAACUGGGCACAACAACCAUGGACACUUCUGUCUCCAUGAUUGAAGUGGACACUGGCAAGUCCUUUGACAUCUCUACAGCACUUAAUAAGAUGCGAGCAGAGUAUGAGAAAUCUGUCCAGAAACACAGAGAUGAAGCUGAAGCCUACUACAAACUCAAGAUGGAUGAAAUGCAGACUGCCAAUGCAAAGAGCUCGGAAGCUGUAUCAGCAACCAAAUCGGAGAUUGGAGCAGCCAGGAAGGAGCUUCAGGCACUCGGGUUAGAGUUACAAGGUCUUGUCACACAAAACAUGGCCCUGGAGCAGGGUCUGGCAGAAGCUAAUGCCCAUUCCAGUGUAGGUGUGGCUGAAUACCAGGCUCAAAUCGCCAGCCUCACGUCUGCCAUUGAGGCAGCUAAAGCUGACCUUCACAAACAGAUUCUGGCCUACCAAGAGCUGCUUGACGUCAAACUUGCCCUAGAUGUGGAAAUUUCCACCUACAGAAAACUCCUGGAGGGAGAUGACUUCAAAUUGCCAGAAUUUACAGAAUCAUCCUACACUUUCUCAGGGAGUGCCCCGCCCAAAACCAGCACGCCCCAGGACUCACCCCAGGUCUCCAUGGAAAUACACACUAGAUACGUCCGCAAAGCUGGAGGAGGUGGGAUUCAAGUCAAAGAGAUAAUCACAGAGCACACAGAGACUUCAAUCAUCAGUGAUGCAGACACCGAAUCCUCUUGAAUGCUGAUGGACGGAUUGACUGAGAGUUUGUUUUAUGGGCAUCCAAACUCCACUCAUUAUGCCAAUAAAGCUGCAUUCCAAAUAUA